ACAUUUAGCUACUUUUCGAGCAGGCUUUAGCUACUUUCCAUUGAAAAUAGUUGGCAACACUGCUCCAGUGCGGUAGACGACAGUGCAGCUCCAAGUUAAUCCGAGAAGCGUUUCUUCUUUCUCCCAAAGAAGAUAUUUAGUCUUUUCUAGUUAGCAGAAGCAUCAGAAGACGCGCUGCUGACACAAUACCAACGCAAAGCUCACUCUGGGCGAAAGAAAUCCAAGCGCCGUCCUGUUUUUAAGUGUUGUGUUUUAUUUUGUAUUUGCAUUUAAUUUACGUCAUGUCCAGUGAAGUGGAGGCGAGCAGAGAAGAGCAGCAGGAGAUGCACGACACCGUUGUAAGUCCAGAGAAAGCUGAGGAGGCCAAGCUGAAGGCACGUUACCCACAUUUGGGGACCAGGCCCGGUGGGUCGGAUAUGUUGCGGAAAAGAUUACAGAAGGGGCAAAAAUACUUCGACUCGGGUGACUAUAACAUGGCCAAAGCCAAGAUGAAGAACAAACAGCUUCCGACAGCAUCGUCAGAGAAGACCGAGAUAACUGGAGACCACAUUCCCACCCCUCAGGACCUGCCCCAAAGGAAGCAAUCUCUGGUGGCCAGCAAACUUGCCAUCUAAUGAGGACUGUAGAGACAUCUUGAUGCCUUCAUUAUGUUUUUUUGUUUAUGUCUUUCUUUUGCUGUUAACACCUUCUUUUCUUACUCUUUAUGUCUUUGACUGUAGAAAUGCUCUCAAAAUAACAUGUUUUGAUAAAUAGAGAUAUGUGUAGACCGCUGCUACCUUUACUCUCGGAUUUGACUAUACGGUCAGAUGAGUAGCAUAUUAGAUGAGUAGCAUAUGGUCAGAUGAGUAGCAUUAGCAUAUUUUAGGGUUUUACACUUUUUCACUAGCUUUUUCAAUGCUUGUCUUGAAAUAUGUACUAGGUGCUUGACAAAAUUGACUGGAAUUGAAUCCACCAUUUCUUAAACCUUCAAAACUGUGUCUCUUAGAAGAAACGAAAGGCCGGACCUCAUAAACAUUCGUUGGUUGAGCUGAAGAAAAGCUAAAAGCUCUUCUUUCGUUUGUCGCCUACCUGUAAAUGGCCUUAAAACUGUCGUUCUGUUUCUCUCGGGCGAUGUUUGUUUAACCAAAAUGAUGAGAGACUGUUGAGCUCUCCACUGGGUCGUUUGGGUUAUGUUCUCGUCACAAAUAAACGAUUUAUGUGAGCUGUACAAAUGUUUACUGUGCCAUUUGAUUAUGUAAAUAAAAUACUUUUGCACAUGUCCUGUCCGAUCAAGCUUUUUUUAUUCUUUUGUCUUGCAGGUAAAUUAGCUGUGAAUAACCUCAAUUUUCAACCACCCAGUAUUGGACAAAUUAAGAUGAUUACAGAUACUAGGGCAAAUAUAAUCCUGCAUUAGGCGUUGUGGAAUAUGUGGUAUAAUGAUGUGUUUUCCAGACCAUAUGUACAUAUAAGAGUCAUUAAACAUGCAUAAAACACAAUUCUCAAUAAAAUAUA